AGAGCGCAGAAGAUGUGGAGAAGAGAAAAAAUGUGGAUGAUUAAGCCCCCUACGGAGCACCCAAAGGAGUCCAAAUACAGGCCUGUGCUGGAGAGUUUACUCCCUCGUGACCCUAUGAGCCGGCUCAAUCUGAAGAGAGGGUCCCCUAAAGACGAGUUUCCAAACCUGGACAGAAACCAGACCCUGAUGGGUCGAAUCCUCAACCUGCACAUGUACACACGACAGUUCAACCGCGCCACUGAGGGCGGGGUCAUCUUUGACGAUGUCACGCCCUGGACUCGAGGAUCCAGGUCAGUUCAUA